CAUCUGCAACGGCGGCAAGCGGUAAUGGUGGUGAAUUUUGAGCUUGUUAUUAGUAGCAUUGAACUGUCAGCUCAGUUACUGCCAUCACUAAAAGCUAAAUAUCGCUUGGAUUAUGCACACAGCAGUGGAAAGACUGGCUCCGAAUCGGAAUUCACAGGCCGUAUCAGAAGCCAUGUCGUUCAUUUUACCGUUCUUGCGCCUCUCGAUGAGCGUCGAAUGUCGUCAUUAAAUUCGGACACAUUUACGCUUGUUCUACCUCAUAUCUCUGCGAACGGCGCCUAUCGUAUGCCGGAGAAAAUUGAAAGUGUCGAUAAGAUGGAGGAUGAAAACUUGCAGUUUCGAGAGGGAGGAUAUAUCGACGUCGUCCUCACAAUAGGUAAAAUGGAGCAUGUCUUUACAACAGAUUUGCUCAACCAGAUUCUUUUUGCGGAGCAAUGUUUCCGCUCCGAAUUAACGUCGUUGCUGGAAAGGAUUCUUGGAGAUCGUGCACCUCGUCCGCCCGCAGCACCUUCAGAACAUGCUCAUCCGGCGCCAGAUCCUUUCUUAUUCACAAUAACAGUGAGUCUGACUGAUAGUCCUUUAUGUUUAGUUGCAGUAAAAGGGUCAGAAUUUGUUUACUUCCUAUUAUUUGUUCGGAUAACCUGA